AUGGAUCCGAGUGCGGGCGGUGUCUUGGGGGGCUCGUACCGGCUGACGAAGACGAUCGGCGAGGGCGCUUCGGCGAUCCAUAUACCGACAUCUACGCGGGUUGCAGUGAAGAGAAUUUCGCCGUUUGACCAUCAGAUGUUCUCGCUGCGUACGCUGCGUGAGAUCCGCCUGCUGCGGCACUUCCACCACGAGAACAUCAUUUCGAUCUUGGAUAUCCUGCCACCUGAAUCGUUCGAGACAUUCUCGGAGGUGUACCUGGUGCAGGAGCUCAUGGAGACAGAUAUGCACCGCGUGAUCCGCACACAGGACCUGUCGAAUGACCACUUCCAAUACUUUGUGUAUCAGAUCCUGCGUGGGCUCAAGGCGCUCCACUCGGCCGGCGUGCUGCACCGUGAUCUGAAGCCGUCGAAUCUGCUACUAAAUGCGAAUUGCGACCUCAAAAUCUGUGACUUUGGGCUAGCGCGCAGUGCAGAGCAGCCGAACGAGGACAGCAAGGCCUUCCUGACCGAGUAUGUCGCCACGCGCUGGUACCGGGCGCCGGAGAUUAUGCUGUCGUUCAAGGAGUACAGCAAGGCCAUUGACCUCUGGUCGGUGGGCUGCAUUUUUGCCGAAAUGCUCACGGGGCGCCCGCUCUUCCCCGGGCGCGACUACCACCACCAGAUCUCCCUGAUCCUGGAUGUGCUGGGCACGCCGUCCCUGGAUGAUUUCUAUGCCAUUACAUCGUCCCGGUCGCGCGACUAUAUCCGCUCUCUGCCAUUCGCCAAGCGCGCCAACUUUUCCCAGCUGUUUCCCCGCGCCGAUCCUCAUGCAUUGGAUCUUCUCGAGAGGCUACUGACCUUCUCGCCCCACAAGCGCAUCAGUGCGGAAGAGGCGCUCAGCCACCCGUACUUGGAACCGUAUCACGACCCAACUGACGAGCCCACCGCUGAGCCCCUGGAUCCUAGCUUCUUUGAUGCCGACUUUGCCUCUGAGCCACUCUCUCGCGCGCGCCUGAAAGAACUCAUCUACGAAGAGGUGACACGCUAG